CUGCUAUUUACUGAAAAAAUGGCGACGAGUAUACUGCGGCUCUCGCUGCGGCUUUCUACCAGAAAUACGGCGUUAAUGAGCCGUAACGCCGGCUUGAAAUCAUCGAACAUAUCCAGGACGACUCCUAUUCGAACCGCAGUAUCAACGGCUUCGGGAGCAAUCCUACCGAAACCGGAUAAAACACCAUUUGGUCUUAUCCGCAUGACAGUAGUGGUGGUGCCUUUCCUGUAUGUGGGAACUCUGAUCAGCAAGAACUUUGCAGCUCUUUUGGAGGAGCAUGAUAUCUUUGUCCCUGAGGACGACGACGACGAUGACUAAGCCAACUUAAAUAAAUGGAUGCUUUGCAAUACAGACAGAAAGCAUACCAGGCGGCACAAGGAAGACGGGGAAGAUGGGGCACUUUGACUUCCAAAUACAUCCCUCUACCUCGAACCAUCUCUCCUUCCUUCUGCUUAGCUUGUUUUCAUUUAAAUCACUUAAGAAAUCUCAUAUCAUGUGAGGCUAUCAAAACUACAAGUUGUGCCCUCACUCUUGUUUGCAUGUUUAUGUCUGUCAGCUCAAUAAACAAGUCAAUUACA